AUGAUUCGUAAGUUUAAAUUUUCUUUAACACUCAUUCUGCGUAUUUACUUACAAUCUUUUCCUAUUGCACUUUUGAUUACUUCAUUAUAUUCUUGGAAUGCGUCUAAAAGAAAGCUAAUUUAAUGAACAAAUGGACAUUACGAAUGAGCGUUCAUGUUCUUUCUGAGUUCAUUCAGUUUUUCAACACUGUUCGCUGAUAUCAUUUCACAAGCCUGUUGUUCAGAAGUCAAGUUCUCUGAAGGUACGUUCACAUCCAAACUUAACUUGACUAAGCUAUCUGAUGCGUGA